AUACGACAUUGGUUUAGCUCUGCAAAACGCUCUAUAGUGUCUGUCUGGUCAGAAAUUCUUCGACUCACUUUCGGUUUCUGAUGUUUUGUCUCUCUGAUUGAAAAAGAUCGGGUUUUGCAAGAUGGGAAACAAAGCUACAACGGUGAAAGAAGAACGCGAAGAGAUCCAUUUGAAGAUUGUACCUCCAUUGGACAAAGUUUUUCUGCGUUGGCUCGCAAGAGAUCUCCAGAGAGUUCAUGGAUUCAAACCGAAGAACAACACUCGUGCGAUCACUCCUCCAGAUAGCUACAUCGAGUUUAUGCGGUUAAAUGGAUCGCUUGAUGUAGAUUUAGAUGACCCUGAUCUUGCCCAUUUGUUCAAGUAAAAAGGGGUUCUUCUAUUGUUGUCUCUGUUUGUUAUGUAUGAAGCUUUCAAAGUCUUAGUAUCUUUUUUGAUUACUCAUACAGUCAUACUUAAAGCUUGUGUUUUGGAAGCUCAGUCUAUAAAUAUAUAUUAUCUUCUCUAAACAGUAUAGCAUUCAUAAGAGAUCCAAGUGUCUGCAUUCAGACGACACAUGUUUCUAUUGUCUUGGUGCUAUGAUUUGGAAUCCCUAUGUUUCGAGGUUCCAUUUAAAAAAGUUGUUAA